AUGUCGGUACCACCUCCGAAUUCUAGCCAGCCGCCUCCAGGCUACCCUCCAGCUGUUUCUCAGCAGCCUUCGAAUCUUGUGUUACCUCCUUCGCUCACCUCCCAACCUCCUCCUAACAUCCAAGCCCUUCUGAAAUCUAUCCCCAGCCUUCAAACUAUACAGCAAGCUACUGCGGCAGCGGCAGCGGCUGCCGCGGCGUCUACUAAAACACAGAAUGCAUCACCCAAUUUUCCGCCUCCUAUGCCGCAAAGAUUUGGAGAUGUGGAUGAACGAAUGAAACCGCCCGUACUUCAGCCAGCUGCUCAUGCUGCUGGCCCUGCAUCAAAUUACCAUCAAGUGCAGCAACCUCCCCCUGCUCCUCUAGCUCCUGCUUCUCUAGCUCCUGCUUCUCUAGCUCCUGCUCCUCUAGCUCCUGUUCCCAAUUAUCAUCAACAGCAACCGAUCCCGAGGCAACCCCCGUAUGCUGAGGAAGGGCCUUCGCAUAUAGAUUACCCGAAAUCUGGCUCUUCUGACUAUGAGCAGUAUAAUGGCGAAGAACAAUAUGCAGAUGGAGACAAGGAAUUUUACAAUCAGCCAUCUUCGCAGUUUCAAAACAAUGCGUUCCCGCCUCAUAAUCGGGGCAGACCACGUGGUGGAGGUUUCUAUCGAGGAAGGGGCGAACAUUGGCGAAAAUCGUAA